CAAUCGGAUUUGAUCGCAAGUAUUUCCUUUCCAAUUCCAAGAUGUCAGCCUCCAGUGUUCCCCAUGAGGUCGGCGGUUUCAGAGUGGUCCCUGUGAAAUUCAAUGAGAAGAGUUCAGCAGGCCAUAUGCUCUAUUACAAGGAACAUUCAGUGAAAGAAAUUGAUGACUCCAAACCAACAGAUAGAACCCUCUUUGUUGUCAACGUUCCUCCAUAUUGUAAUCAGGAAUGUCUGGAACGUUUGUUUGGUGGUUGCGGAAGUGUGGAGUCUGUCAUAUUACAAACUAAGGCUGGCAAAGAACUUGAUACAAAGCUUGAAGAAAUCUACCCUGUAAGGAAGACAAGGAGUUUCAAAAUAGGAUACAUUGUCUUUGACAAGAGUUCAUCAGUUACCAGGGCUAUGAAGCAGAUCUACAAGGAAUCAUUUAUAUUAUCACAUGAAGGGCAGGCUGAUGGCCCGGUUACUGGGUAUAGAAAAUGGUGUUCAGAAUAUGAAAGCCGAUGGGAAGAUCCUAAGAUACUGCAGAAGAAAGCAGAUGACUUCAUGAAAGAGUUUGACAAGAGGAAACAGGAGGAGAAGGAAUUGGCCAAGGAGGAGGAAGGAGUUCCUGAUGAUGAUGGUUGGGUCACUGUCACAAGAAAGAGUACUAAGCCAGUCGUGACAAGGACAGAGAGGAAGCAGAAGAGACUUCAAGCAAAGGAGAAGAAGAAGAGACAAGAAAAGGAACUGAUGAACUUUUAUAGGUUCCAGAGUAGAGAAUCUAAGAGAGAACACAUUGCGGAACUCAGGAAGAAGUUUGAGGAAGACAAACAGAGGAUAGUCCAAAUGAGAGCAGCAAGGAAAUUCAAACCAUACUAGUAGCAAGUCUGCAUAUAAUAAUCGUCUUAGUGUAUUUAUUGCCCCAGCUGAACUCUAAAUGAAACAAACAAAAACCAAGUUUGAGUAUUUACUUUCAAGUCGCCUCAAAUCAAGGUUCCAUGACAUUUGCUCCGAUUGAAAAUCUGCACGUUACACCAAACGUAAAACCUAAUCUCCAAAUAUAAAUAAACCUCAUCUUUACAUUAUUCUCAACCAAAACCUCUAUUACAAUCCUAACUCUAACCCUGUGCCCUCUGACAUAUCAAGGCCAUAGCAAAUGUCGCAGGAUUAUAUGUUCUGUCACCCAUAUCAGUAGCAUAUUUGUCUUGCUACAAAGCUCAAUUCUAAGGCAGUAAGUUUAAGUAUAUUCCUGUAGUGUGGACUAAUUCAAAACUACAACAGAAUUCAAAUAUUAUUGUAUAAUUGUGGAUUUAUUACAUUUAGAUGGACUCAAUAUGAUCUCUUUUGAAGCUUAUGCUAUUACUUAGGUAUCAAGAUGGAAUUUGAUCAAAGAACAAAGGGAUUUUUUUUCCUCUCACUUUCAUGAAUGGAUGAAUUUCCCAUAUUUCCAGAAAUUCCCUGACCAGUUCAAGCACCUUUUCUCAUUAUUGGAGAAUUAGGGUUAAGUUUGAAUUUGGAGAACUUCCAUGUUAUAGUUUGUUGAGAAAUUUCCAAGUUGUGAUACAAAUACUUUUGAGAGGUAUUAAGUGUAAAUUUGUAUAA